AUGGCACACGUAGAUUUCUUUUCACGAAAUCCCCUACCACCAGAGUCAAGGUCGCUACAAUCGCGUGUAGUGUCGAAACGCAUUGACGUAGCUGAGCUUUCUCCCAACUGGCUUCAAGCAGAACAGCAGCGUGAUGCAGAGGUCUCUAAAAUCAUAACGGACUUAGAGGAAGAUAAGUUGGACGAAAGUAUAGCUACGACCUAUGUACUUCGAUCGGGUAUUCUUCAUCGUAAGAUUCAACGUAAUGGCAGGUCGAAAUGCUUACCUUAUUUGCCACGUGCUCUCCGAUGGUCAGUAGUGAAUAAUUUUCAUGACUCUGUCGUUCACCUUGGAGCUGAAAAGACAACUGAAAAGCUAUUCGAUUUUUACUGGUUCCCGGGAAUGUCACAAUAUGUGAAAAAGUUUGUGGAUAGCUGCGUUACUUGUAAAGUUGCGAAAUCUCACUCCGGAAGGGUUCAAGCCGAGUUACAUCCUAUACCUAAGGUGACCACUCCUUGGCACACGGUUCACAUCGAUGCGACGGGCAAGCUUAGCGGAAAGAAUGAUAAGAAAGAAUACGUAUUCGUUCUGAUCGAUGCAUUUACAAAGUACGUCCUACUAUUCCCCACGACGAACAUUGACUCCAAAAGUAGUAUUUAUGCGGUGACUCAAAGCGUAGCACUUCUUGGGGCUCCUACCCGGUUAAUUGCCGAUCAGGGUCGCUGUUUUACGAGUAAAGAGUUUCGUGAUUUUUCUACUGGUAGGAAUAUAGAUUUGCAUCUCAUAGCGACAGGUUCGUCUCGUGCCAACGGGCAAGUAGAGCGUUUUAUGUCAGUCUUAAAGUCUAUGCUAACUGCCGUUGAGACCAAAGAUAACAAAUCGUGGCAAGACUCAUUAGGCGAGGUUCAAUUAGCGAUAAAUUGUACGAUGAACCGAGUGACGAAAGCUUCUCCUUUAGAGCUUUUAAUUUUGUACUGA